UCUUGAUCGUGUAACGUUCAGGUAAAGGUUAUCGUUUAUCGAGAAUUGAUAUUAAAAUUUUAAAAUUAAUCAGAGAUAUGUUGCAUCAUUAUUGAAUUACAUUGGAUUCAGGAGAUAAAUUUGUUAAUUCAUUUCGUAAUAAGAAUUAUAGUAAACUGAAUAUGGCUCUAUUUAGCUUCUUUCGCAGUGUGGUGUUUCCUACAGUUAAAGCCGAAGAUGAAGAAGCUGAAUUAGUUGAUCCUCAAACUGCCCUUCGGGAAAAGUGUCAAAAUAAUGGUAACAUACAAGCUUUGUAUAGCAAAUACCAAGAAUGCAAUGACAGAGUAAAUGGCAAAUCUAAAACAACCGAGACCUGUAUGGAAGAACUCUUUGAUUAUGUUACGGAGCUGGAUCAUUGCGCUGCUCAUAAUCUUUUUUCGAAGCUGAAAUAAUUGCAUAUUUAGAAUUUGUUUAUUAUUCAUGUAGAAUGGAUUGAGUAAACAUGGUUAAUAUAUAAUUAUAAUUGCUUAUUACAAAAAAAAACAAAGGUUUGUUUAUAAUACAAAUAAACGGUAAUUAAUUGAGCUAAAUUAUCAAUUUACGUAUGUAUAUACAGUAAGAGAAGUUUAUAGUUUGAUUCAAUUACUUACUCAGUUGUGAUUCUAUAUUAUAGGCAAAAACUUUAUUUGGCACAAAAAUUGCUUAUUAGUAACAACUAUUUUUUAAUGCCUGGCAGAUAGUGCAGGUUGAAUAGAACAGACAUAGAAAAAUGAAAACUGACAUAAUAAAUGUUUUAUUUAUUUAUUUGC